AUGCAUUUGCCGGAUAACCAGCCGCAGGAAAGCCAUAAAGAUGAUCGUCGCGCUCGGGAAUUGUUCAACUAUUUCCAGCCUGGCAAUCCAGCUCUCCUUCCAACAUGUAUUCCGAAAUUUGGACAACCGCAAAUAAAAGCGAGCCCCAACCUUGUUCUUACCUCUCUAACCCAACUUGCGGCGCUGAAGUUGGGAGUUCAACGGGCAAUUAUCAGCUUGAUCGGCCGUGAAACACUUUAUGUGGUCGCGGAAGCAACACGGUCUUUGAAACUGGGCGACAACAGCGUUUGCGACAAUGAUGCUGAUCGCUUAUGGAUGGGUUGUUCCAAUGGACCUCUUGCAGGUACUUUGUGUGAGGAAACAAUUACACUGCACCCAACUGCGGAAGAAAGGCAUCGGUUCUUUAUUGUUGAAGAUUUGAAAGAGCAUCCAACCUAUUGCAAAAUCCCCUGCGUCGCCGGUGCCCCGUACUUUCGAUACUACGCCGGAACUCCCCUCACGACUGCUAGUGGAAUUAACAUUGGUAGCCUUUAUGUGAUCGAUCCACGACCAAACUUAAGCCUCAGCGAACUCGACAAGGAGACGCUCAGUGAUAUUGGCGAUGCGGUCAUGGAUUAUUUAGAGACAUACCGUCAAUCGCUGGAGAGUGGUCGUCUCGAAGAUCUGCUUACUGGUCUAAACUCCUUUGUCCAAGGGGAGGACAACAUUGAACCAAUCGACAAAUCUCCUUCCAGGACCCCGAGACUAUCGGUGAUGAACCGGUCACGUACUUCCAGUCCUCGGGCAGUACAAACCGAAAGGCCAGAGAGCGAUAAUGGCCACCAGAUCACUAGGACGGUCAAAAAUAAAGCAACCUCCGAAGAUCAGUCUAAGCUUACUUUACGUCCUCCAUUGACCCCCACCCACGACCAGAAUCCAUCCACAGAGCAAUUCAAUAGUUCCAUCAGAAGACUCAAGCGCAAUAAUGUGUCAGAGUUUGAACGUGCCGCCCAAAUAAUGCGGGAAAGCCUUGACCUCGGGGAAGACGGCGGUGUCGUAAUAUUCGACACCAAUGCCACUGCCGGCUCAGAUCUAGACAGAGAUCUCAAGGACCCACCAGAUGGCUUGCAGCUACUGGCUAAAGUCUGUGCGAUUUCAACAAAACACACUAACACGGUCGGCCCCGAAGACAAGCCGGAUUCUUCUCCAAUUGCGCAAAUGGAACGAAGAUUUUUGAAACGCAUACUGCGCAGGUUCAAUAAAGGUGCCAUUUGGUACUUUCAUCAAGACGGGACUGUCUUCUCGUCAGACGACGAUUCAAGUAAAUCGGAAAGCGAAGACGACACACCCACGCCUUCUCAGAGCCCCAGCAUGUCCCAGCCUCGGCUUCAAGGUGUAUUGCGGGAAAAGGAUCUCCGGGCCCUCAGGAAAUGCUUCCCCGAUGCUACCCGCAUCAUAUUCACACCUCUGUGGGAUUCAUUCAAGUCACAGUGGUUUGGUGGCUGCUUUUGCUGGAGCUCGGCGGAAACCCGCAUUUUCAGCGCUCAUGUUGAGCUGGGUGGUGUUCUUGGAUUCGGUUCUUCAUUAAUGAUGGAACAUAGUCGGAUCAAAAGUCAGGAGUCAGACAAAAAGAAGGCGGACUUUAUCAGCAAUAUCUCACACGAGCUAAGGAGUCCACUACACGGAAUCCUCGCCGCGAGCGAAUUUCUUGCUGAACAGAUAUCCUCUGAGUCCCCAAGAUCCCUUCUCGACACCAUCUGCGCCUGCAGCCAGACACUCCUGGAUACGUUUGAGCAGAUCCUGGACUUCACAAAGAUAAACUCCUUUCAAAAGAAGCGACGCGACCACACCACUCGCCUGUAUGGAGAUGGCGACAUAGCGAAGUCGCAUGCACUGCCCGAGUCGCUACAAAUCCUCAAGGUCACUAACAUUGUGGCGGUCAUUGAAGAUGUCAUUGAAAGCAUUGUCUUCGGUGCAACCCAUUACAAGAGUGGACUGUUCGAAGACCCGACUUCCGUUUCUAUUGAGCACGUCGAUGUUUCCAUUGACGUAGCUCCAGGUGAUUGGGUAUACACAUUGGAGCGUGGGGCCUUGCGGCGCAUAAUCAUGAAUGUCUUCAGCAAUGCCCUCAAGUACACCAAGAACGGCUCUGUGUCGGUCCACAUCGAGGUCCAAACAGGUACAAAGGGUUCAGGCACCGGCAAAGUUGAAAAUUUCAACACUCUUGUCCUGACGGUUUCCGAUACUGGGAUAGGGAUUUCAAAGGAAUAUCUGGGCUCACAUCUCUUCACGGCAUUUUCUCAAGAGGAUCCUCUAGCGCCAGGUACCGGCCUCGGGAUGUCCAUUGUUCAAAAUAUUCUUCGCUAUCUAGGCGGCAACAUCAAAGUCAAGAGCCAACUCGGCACGGGAACUAUCGCCGAAAUCUCAAUCCCACUCAACAGUUCUAUAGGUGAACGUGACAAGAGCCACAUGAUCACCCAAGAGCCUUCAGUGCAGGCUACGCUAGAUAUUGUCCAGUCUCUGAAGCGUGAUUUCAAAGAAAAGACAGUCUCCUUCAUUCCUUUUGAGGAUGAUUCAGCUGUUUCCUCGGCUUCCACAAUCAAAAAAUACCUGACAGACUGGUACGGCAUACAAAUUGAGCCUUGGACCUUGGAAUCCCAUCCAGAUCUCAUUCUUAUGGAUGAAACACAAUUGUCGCGCAUGCAUUCAGCACCCUUAUCCAAAGUUCUGAUUCUUUGUCGACGGGUAAAACCAUUGCAAGCAACCAUCCAGCACUUGGAGCCACUUUGCGAGAGUGUUGAAUGGCUUUGCCUUCCUUGUGGCCCCCACAAACUUGCGAGGGCAAUCCACCGUUGUCUGCAAGGGGGAGCCCAACCAAAAUUACAGCAAAUAAGUGAAAAGACUGCAAGCAAUUCCACAAGGAUUAGCAAUCAAACAAAUGUCCCAACUGCGCCUAUCGGAACUGCAAAGCCGUCACUCCAAUCCCCAUCACAUCUGUCCUCGAACCCGACCCCAUCUUCCUCUUUUCCAACCCCCCAGUCGACACAGAUUACACAACCAACAACUCAACCAGAGUCUGGAAAGAAGCUUUCUUUGGAUAACAAGACAGUUGAAGACAAUGUCGGGUUUGAAGGACUUCGAAUCCUUAUCGUUGAAGAUAACCCUAUCAACAUGGGUCUCCUUCAAAAACUUGUCAAAAAGUGUUCAAGUAUCUGCCACACCGCUGUAGACGGUCAGAAAGCUGUCGAUGCAGUGAAUAAAUUUCCUGAGGGAUACCACAUCAUAUUCAUGGACCUAUCAAUGCCUGUCAUGGACGGAUUUGAGGCCACAGAGGCAAUUCGGGCGCUUGAAACAGAACGACCAUCAAUACCAUCCGCCAGGAUCGUAGCCCUCACAGGUCUGGGCUCAGAUGAACAUGUGACCAAGGCUUAUGCUUCAGGCGUUGAUAUGUUUGUCACGAAACCCGUUUCAUUCAAAGAAAUCACUCGGAUAAUUAAUGAUGUAAAAACCCAGGCCCCCUGGACAAACAAAAAGUUGUUGCAAUCGGGCUGA